CAGAACGGAAAUUCAACGAGCGAAAAACGAGGAAAAUAGGCUAACCUCUGCUCACGUGCUCUGAAGAAACAGGAUGGCGAAGCUGCCUCGUUUAGGAAGCAGGAAAAAGGCAAAACGAUGGGCCAAGGGUCAGAGUUCCAGUUCCAACCCGGUGACCACAAAGCACCGCGAACAGGCCAUCGGUAUGUUCUUCAAGGAUUUUUCCGGCACACCGGGUAUCACGAGGGAGGAUCUGCAAAAGCAUGACGUUAUCCAGGGUAAUAUCCAGCCGCAGUUCGCGAAACUUGACAUCGCCGAGGAUCAGCCAGAGAGCACCGUGAACGGGACGGCGAACAGCUUCGACACGUUCGCCAGCAAUUAUAGCAAUUGCACCAAUGUUUCCUUUGGCAAGUUUCUCAGUCACUUUCAGUCAACCUCGCUCGUACACAAAGAGAUGCUGGCGGUACUGUCAGCCGUUACGGAGAUCAUCAAGCAGAACGGUGGUAAUGAAAGCUCGACAGAAUACUUUGCAGCCUUGAUGACCACUUUGGAAACGGUCGAGGAUGAUACUUCCGUAGCUGCGACGUUGUCACUGCUUGGAAUGAGCUUGAAAACGGUACCUAAGAGCGUACUUAAUUUGCAAUUUGACGCAGCUAGUCAGAUUUUCCUUCAGAUACUUUCUAAGUAUGUUAUGACAGAUAACUUUCUCAUCCUGCGACAUUGCAUAGGUUGUCUUUCGGUGCUGUUGAGGGUACAGGAGGCUGCUGCCUGGGCUAAUCCCUCGAUUGCGCAAGUGCUGGACGCUAUAUUAUCGUUCACCACUCAUGCUAAACCCAAAGUACGCAAGUCCGCUCAACAUGGUAUAUGUGCUGUCCUCAAAGGCAGCGAUAUAAUGAAGAGCGAGAAGCCACCGACUUAUCAUCCGGCCGCAGAACAGGUUGCGACGCACUGCAUAGCACAAUUGAAUGCCGCCUGUGAACCAGGAUCAUCAUUGGGAAUCACCACUAUUCUGCAUAUCCUUACAUUAUUGAAGGAUAUAAUGCAUCAACUAUCAAAGUCACAUGUGAAGACCAUCUGCGAACGUCUCUUAAGUAUCAUGACGUUAAAAAAUGCAUUGAUAACAUCGUGCUGUCUGCAAACGUUGCACGGAUUGUUUGUCUCAAGACCGUCAGAAGCAACGUUGCCUCUGCAAAGAAACAUGGAAAUCAUUAAAGCCCUUUAUGAUUAUCAACCUGCCAUGACUGACACGCAGCCAAUCUUGGCAUGGUUGGCGGUCAUGCAGGAGGCUCACUGCAAUCUGAUAUAUGUUUCAUUGAACACGACGUCCUCGACCUUGAAUGUUGGAUCGACAAUGUUGGACAAUGUUAUACCGAGAAUGUUGAGUAAGUGUACUGAACUCUGGUUAUCCAAUAAGACGGAAGUCAUAACUGGCACGUCGAACACUGUCAAGACUAUUCUGGAGGAAUGCGUGGCGCCUCUCUGUGAGAACGAAGAGCGAAUUAAUAAGUACAAUUCGACUUUAACUCAGAUUGUCUCGAUAAUGCACAAGACAUUGAGUUAUCAAUAUCUCGAAGCCUGGCGUCAUAUCUUUCAUCUCAUAGCCUUGAUGUUCCAAGUAAUCGGGAAAUCAAAGCUUCAGGAACUUACGGAUAUUAUUAGGUCUCUGGGAGAGCUACGAGAUUCUUACAAUUUCGCGUACAAUAGCGAUGUCGAAUACGCUAUUGGAGCUGCAAUUAGAGCCAUGGGGCCGCAGGUCGUAUUAAACAUCCUCCCUCUUCGGAUCGACGACGACACAAUAAAUUUGAAGCGGGGCUGGCUGAUCCCGCUGUUGAAAGACUGCAUAACGGGCGGCACCAUCUCCUUCUUCAAGGACGUUCUGCUUCCGAUUGCUCUGACAUGCGAGGAGAAAAGUAAGACAGGCAUAGAAGGGAAGACGUACGAAUUUCUGGUACCGCAAAUCUGGUCAAUCUUGCCGAGCAUAUGCAACAACGCCAACGAUGUAAAGGAUAAUUUUAAGAGUAUCGCCAAGCUGUUAGGUAUGAUGAUCAGUGACCGGAAAGACUUAAAGUUAUCCAUAAUGGCAGUGUUGAGGAAGCUAAUCGGGAAAGCGACGCGGGACGAAUGCGUCGACGACAUCGCCGAACUCGCUCGCUUCGCCAAGAACUACCUACCGAUCCUCUUCAACCUGUACGCGACGAAACCGAGCGGUACGGACGAGGAAGGACAACGUCUCGCCGCGUUCGACACGAUCAAGACUUACUUGACAAUCGCGAGUAGCGACCUGGCAAACGAGAUGUUUGAACGCGCGCUGACCAAGGCCGAUGAGCCUGGCGCGGACGAAUUCUUCAAGGAGAGCGUUUACGAUCUGAUAAGAGUGCUGAUUGGCUAUACGGACGUUGAUAAAUUAAAAAAAUACUACGACAUGUGCAUGCCAGUCCUCAAGGAUGAUACCAAGCAGAAGGAGCAGAAGAAAGCCUACAGAUUUCUGGAGGAGAUAUGCGGGAGUGAUCGGGAGGUGUGCAAACAAUUUCUGCAGGAACAUAGACGCGAGAUUCAGAAACUGCUGAUAACAUCGGCGACCAGCGUGAUUACGACUAGUCGAGGCGCUCGUUUACGAUGCCUGACGCAUCUCGUCAAGUUGCAUCCGCAACUCGAGAAGACCAAAUUCUUGCAGGCGAUUGUACCGGAAGCCAUACUCGGCGUUAAGGAUAUAAACGAGAGAUGCCGCAAUACGGCAUAUCAGUUGCUCAACGUGAUCGCCGAGAAAUUCCUUGAUAAUCCUGAGCACCUCAAGGAUUAUACAGAUAUGUUGAUGGUGGGUUUAGGCGGCGAACAAAAAUACAUUAGCGCUACUCUCCUGGCUUUGGCAUCCCUUACUUAUCAUUACAAUGGUUCUCUGGGCAUGGAGACUAUCGGAGAGAUCUUGGGGCAUGUUUGUACGAUUCUGACGAGUCCUACGAGGGAAGUAGUAGAGUCCGCGUUGUCUUAUGUAAAGGUAUACAUCAACGUAAUGCCGUCCAUCGUCGUAGGUCCGAUGUUACCACAGAUGAUCGACGCUCUGUCGCAAAUGAACGAAGAUUGUAAGCGUCAUUUUCGCCAAAAAGUACGCGAUAUCCUUACGAAGCUGAUAAGGAAGUAUGGCAUAGGGCCGAUAUCGAGUAUGGUACCAGCUUCGGACGUGAUCCUAAACAAAAGGUUGAAGAACAUCAACAAGAUUGAGGAUGCGAAGAGGAAGAAGCGGGAGCUUGAAAGAGCUAAGAAGUUAGAAAACGACGACAUGGAAUUUAACGCUAAGAGACGACCUAAGAGCAUAGAGGAGAUAUUGGCUGACAGUGACGAGGAAUUCGAAGCUACAGAAAACGAGGAAUCGACAAAAAAUAAAAAGAGAACAUCCAGAAAAGAUGCUUGGAUUCAAGAGAAUGAGGGGAACAUAGUCGAUCUUAUAGAUCCUGCAGCUGCUAGAAAUAUCACAACUACGCAACCGGGCGUGUCAAAUCCAAAGAUUCCUGUAAAAAAAGUAAAAGAUCACGGCUUUAAAACUGCACCUGAUGGCCGCCUCAUCAUCACAGAUGGUGAUGAAAAAGAUAGUGAUACAGAGGAAAAGAAUAAGAAAAAGGCUCCUUUCCUUCAGGAUAAUUUAGAAGAGGACGAUUACGAAGAUAAAGAUGAUAUAUCGGUGGCCGAGAAGAACACCAACAAAAAACGUAAAUAUAGUGAGAGUAUAUCAGAUAUGAUGAGCUUGAAAAGUCAAUCAACGUCGAAAUACCAAGCUGGUGGUUCGGGUAUUCACCGACCGCUAAAAGCGAGAAAGGUGGAACGCGAACAUGGUUCGGAAUAUCGCGCGAUGAAGGCCGGAGGAGAUAUCAAGAAGAAGGGUAAACCAGACCCUUACGCGUAUCUACCCUUAACAAGAGCCGCAUUGAAUAAGAGAAAGAAGAAAAAGAACGCGGGCAAGUUCCAGAGUAUCAUUUCUGGAGCGAGGAAGGGUGCGCGAAUAGGAAUGAAAAACAAACGUACGAGAAAACGUUAGAGGUUAGAUGAUAAUUCUAAUUGUUAUAAUUACGAUAUUAUCAAACAAGACUUGUAGCAUAAAUUCCUGUUAUUAUUAUAAUUAAAAAGAGAUAAAGUGUCGCGGCUU